ACGGCAAAAAAAAGUCUUAUUGAAAGAGAAAAAAAAAGACAAAAAUUAGAAAAAAAAUAUCAAGAUUUUCGUCACUCUAUAAAAAAAAAAAUUAAGGAAACUUCAUCCUUAGAUGAAAAAUGGGAAUUUCAAAAACAAUUACAAGCUUUACCACGUAAUAGCGCACCUACAAGACUUCAUCGUCGUUGUUUUUUAACCGGAAGACCUAGAGCAAAUUAUCGUGAUUUUGGCUUAUCUAGGCAUGUAUUACGAGAAAUGGCUCAUGCAUGUUUUUUACCUGGAGUAACUAAAUCUAGUUGGUAA